AUGGCUCCCGGGUGGUGGCGUUGGAUGGGCACCGGGCGCAGGCAAAAGGUGGGGUGCCUGUCGAUCGACCGUCGAGGAGAGCUCCUGGUCACGGGGGAUGAGUCGGGGGCUAUCUGCGCCCGCCUUCUACACCACUCGGGUAACCGGAGCGGCGAUGGCACGGCGUGCGGAAGCAGCAGCGUCGAGGGAGGAUCAAGCGGCGGCGGCGGCGGCGGCGGCGGCGUUGCGGAGGUGGUGCGAGAGGCGCACAGCGGGGAAGUACUCGCGAUCAGCCACGUCGAGGGCGGGGCAGGGGAUGAUGACCCCGCCUUGUUUGUUUCGGGGGGGAAAGGCGGUGUCGUGCGGCUAUGGAAAGCGGCGUGUCUGGAACGGAGCCGAGAAACUGUCGCCGCCGGGGGGGGUGGGGGCGACUUGGAGGUCCACGUGGAACUCCUCAAGGACAUGCUUGUCGGAGGAUUCCAGGUGUCAUGCCUUGCGGCUUCCCUGUCGCCAACGGUGCCAAUCGUGCUCGCCGGAACCGCCGAGGGCACGGUGUUUGCGUUCCAUCUGUUGCAAGCCCAAGAGCCUUCCGACCGAAGAGAUCGCGAGGCAGAAGACGACCGGCCGACCGUCGGCCGGCCGACCGUCGGCUACGGCGAUAGAGGCAGCCGCGGCGGUAGUGUCGCAUCCGGCCGCGAGCGGCCGGAUAACGCGGUCGGCAGGACAGAGCUGGGUGCCGUGCUGAUGAAGUUCGAGCACACCUCGGAGCCCGUCGAGAGGGUCUGCUGCAGCCAGGAACAGGAGCUGAUCGCCGCUACAGACGCGGCGGGCAUCGUAAGGACAUACCGACCGCUCCUCCCCCGAGGGGGAUCCACAGAUAACAACCCUAGCGAUGGUGCGCCGCCGACGGCGGCAGCAGCGGCCGAAGCCCGGCGGUUCGAGCUGGUCGUGGAGUGCCGCCUGGGGGCUCGCCCGGUGUCGUGCGAGUUUGGGUCGGGGCCCCGGGGAGUGGAGAGCGGUGGUGAUCGGCGGCGGGGGGUGGGGGGGGAGGGUGAGGUUCUUCGGACGUGCACGGCGAGGGGGGUCCUUCGUCUCUGGCCGACGGCCUCGCUGCCCACGCGCCCGAUGAGACCACCCCCCUCCUCGGCACCAACCCGCCUCCCGGAUUACCACGAAGCUCUAGCGCCGCUUCCGCAUCCCUCGAACGCUGGCACGGACAGCAGCAGCGGCGGCGGUGGCGGUGGCGGUGGGGGCAGCGGCAACAAGAAUCCCGAGAUGCGGCAAGCAGCGGCGGCGAUGGCGGCCGGGACCGAGCAGGAAAACCGAGACCCGUCAGACCCUUUCUCGCGAUGGACGGCGAUCGAUGCCAAGGGUAGGGGCCCCGGCUUAGUAGGGGUUGGUGGGGGGGAGGGGGGCGAGGAAGAAGAGCCGAGUGCGAGAGGAGAGCCGCCCCUUCCCAAGGCGCGCCCGGCCGCGCCGCGCCGCGUCAGCUUCGCGCCGGCGGAUCAGGUCUACAAGCUCGAGGACCCAUACUACGGCAGCAGCAGCAGCAGCAACAACAACCACCAGCAGCAGGGCGACUGGGAGGAGGAUGACGACGACGACGACGACGGGAAGGAAGAGGAACAUGACGAGCUCGGAGCUCCCCGCCCGCCGCCCCCUGCCCCGACGCCGAUGCGAGCUUCCGGCGCCACCGGGCCGCCACGGCGACUGAGGCAGACGUGGGGCACCUCCGCGUCGUCUCCGCGGGGCAGUAGAGCCAGACGAGGCAGUUCGACGGACGCUUCGGAUGACGCGUCGUUCGUUGCGCCGUCGAGGAUGCAGGAGCCGUCUUUGUGGUCGACUGCGGCGGAGCAGGCUGAGCUUGAGCGGCGGAUGACGGAGGAGUUUGACGGCAGCGGGGUGCCGGAGCCGGUCGCCCCGGUGUACAGGGCGGCGGCGGCGGCGGCAGUCAACAUCCACCCCCUGGCCAAGACCUUCGAGGGACUGGUGCCUGUGUCGCUGGACGCACCUCCACCGAGACCGAAGCGGAAGGGCAAGCAGGUGAGCAAGAGCCACCUGUCCAAAGUGCAGGAACAGCGCAUCACGGAGGAAGACCUCGCGUUCGACGGCAUGGAGCCAGACUGCAGUGCCAUCAUCGGCUUUGGCAGCAGUACCGCCGGUCGCAUGUGGCCACACGAGGAGUUGGAGUGGUACGGAGGCCGAAAAAUGUUCGCCGAGCUGGACCGCUCUUCCACGGCGUCCGAUCGAGUGUGGUCUCUGGGACGAAGGUUGUAG